AGUUGACGACCGAACCAGGGGAAGUCUUCUCCUACCCACAAGAACGCUUAUUCGCAUCGCCACCUUCCUUCCUCCCUCCCUCCCUCCCUCCCUCGCCAUCUCCGACCCGACUUGCGGCCAAUGGCGGACCAGCUCACCGACGACCAGAUCGCCGAGUUCAAGGAGGCUUUCAGCCUCUUCGACAAGGAUGGGGACGGUUGCAUUACGACCAAGGAGCUGGGAACUGUCAUGCGUUCCCUGGGGCAGAAUCCCACUGAGGCAGAGCUUCAAGACAUGAUCAAUGAGGUGGAUGCCGACGGCAAUGGAACAAUUGAUUUCCCCGAAUUCCUCAACCUUAUGGCCCGCAAGAUGAAGGACACUGAUUCUGAGGAAGAGCUCAAGGAGGCAUUCCGUGUGUUUGACAAGGAUCAAAAUGGUUUUAUCUCUGCUGCUGAACUGCGCCAUGUCAUGACCAACCUUGGUGAGAAGUUGACUGAUGAGGAGGUUGACGAGAUGGUCCGUGAGGCUGAUGUUGAUGGUGACGGCCAGAUCAACUAUGACGAAUUUGUUAAAGUCAUGAUGGCCAAGUAAGUUGCAUUACCAUCUGAGGGAAGCUUCGGUUAUCAGACCAAAAUAUUACCUACCCAGGUGCCAUUUUGUGGGAUGGCUAUUGUAUUGAACCGAAAACAAUAUAACACUGUGUGGUGUCAUAUGUUGUAGGCAAUGAUUGUUUGCCUUGAAGAUUUUAUAGAUCCUGCCCUGGUCUUUCUGAAUUUGUCUGUUCCGUUAUUUAUGUUUGGUUCGCUUCAACUUUUCAAGAGUGUAGCCACAAUGUGUUAAUGAAUAACUAUAUUUCACCGUUCCAUGAUUUCA